AUGUUGUGGGUUGGGAAGAGGAUGGGGGAAUACCAGGCAGUAGCGGUGGCUGUGGCUGCAGCGAACUUGGUGACUGUGGCUGUGGCUUUGAUAGUGGUAACAGAGACAGACAGAGAGACGUUUGAAGUGAAGAGGAAGCUAAAAGAAAAAAUCGAAGGCAUGGGUUUGGGAAGAGGCCAUGCCUGUCUCGCCGCCUAUCUGUCUGACAACGGUAAUGAUACUGGUGGUAGAGUGUGUGAGAAGUGA